GUAGCAGCUGACUACAAACUUUCCAUUGAUUAUUUGUGCUCUGAGCCAAGUACUAUUAGAGUUGAGGUGAUAGUUUCAACCAGCAUUCAAACUGGAGUCGUCAUUUACAAGAAAAAAUGGAAAUGUGAAAAACAUCUUAAUAUCUUGAGAAAUCGGACUCUGUGGGUGAAAUUUCCAAACAUUAUGUUAUACAGACCUGAUUAUGUGCUUCGACGUUCUAUUGUCAUAAACAAUGUAAUGUUAAGAGCAUGGAUUAUAAAUAAUAGAUUUGAAGCUCGUGAGAAUCACAAUCUGUUUGUUUAUGAACAAGCUGCAACUAGAACCUACAAGUUACUGAAGACAUUAAGUUCUUUUGAAAGGCCUUUUAAAGAUCAUAAAGAAUGCCUUCAGUGGGACACAGAGAAGAUACGGGCAAUAAAAGAAAGGAAAGUGCUCCAGUGUUUGCUUGAUAAUGAUGUUGUUGAACUACUUCGUUUUCCUUUUGCAUCAUCUGGUUCAAAUUUUGGCAUAGUAAGGAAACUAAAAACAUUUAAUAACUUUGAAAUGGAAAUGACAAGUAAAGACCUUCUUAAUAAUCCAAGGUUCACUGUAUCCAUCUGGCUUUUUGUGCUUCAUGAUUGUAAAUGGCCCCUGUGUGGGAUCUUCCAUCACAUCAAUGACAAACAGAUCUAUGCCACCCCAUUGCUGUUUCUUACUCAAGAUGGUCAUAUUCACUUUCAGAUUAUGCUGUCCUCAGGAAAAUAUGUUGCAGGAAAGUCAAAUUUCAAAUUGUCAUUGAGACGAUGGUGUCGAUUGGAUUUCACCUUACAAGACAGAAGGAUGACUUUGUCAGUCAGCUAUGGCGAACGUCUGCAAGGCAGAGAAGAUGCAUUUUAUCACUAUCCUGAAGAUGUUCAUCAUAAUGAUUUAGUUGGGUACUUUGUCCUUGGAGGCAGCAAUCAUGUCCGAGGUUUUGAAGGAUUCAUUGGCCCUGCGAAGUUAUACCGACUGGUAGGCCUAACAGUCCAAAAGAUUUCAAAUCCUCUUGUAACUAAUCACGAAAUCCAUAAACAUAUUGAACAGUACUAUCAGAAAUGCAACUAUCUCACUACGCUUAUCAUGAAAUAUUUCCACAGCCUUGGAUUGCACAAAAAGUUACAACAUUUGAAUCAGAACAACAAUUAUUAUUUAGAUUUGGUCACAAAAUAUGGACCGAAAAACUUUGAUGAAGAAAAAUGCGCAGCACACACCUGGGGGAAAAGAACUGAGAAGAAAUACAAGGCUUUAUUUGAUCUGCUUCAGACAAUGGCAUUAGAGCCAAUUUUAGACUUCGCUCAUUCACCAAACCUACAAUCUACACUCAUUAAAGUUGGUGAGAAACUUUUUCAGAAGACAGUGGAGAGUCUUGUUCGUCCAGACAGUGCCCAGCAUAUUGGCCACCUGACCGCUUCACUCAUGAAGGCUAGCUGCUGUGGUUACUAUAGGGCAGCCUAUUUCCUGGCUGUCAUUUUUGAGACCGGUCUAACUGUGGAAAUACAACCCUUACAGGGCAUGCUAUACAGUUUUGUUGCUGCUCAAGGAAAUGAAAGACUUGCCUUAAUGCAUCUUGGAUAUAAGCAUGAUCAAGGUAUUGAUGGUUACCCCUUGGACUACGAUAUGUCAUAUGGUUACUACUCAAACAUUGCACAACAGACUGUUCGUGAUCGGGACAUAUUUGAUGGAGAACAGGCUUUUGUUGAAACAAUAAGACUAAUGGAUGAUUCAGCUUUACAGAGUCAAACUAAAGAAAACGAUGACCUCUUUUUAUGGCUCAGGUAUCAGGCAAAUCAUGGGGAUGUAUUUGCUCAGCAAAAACUUGCGAGAAUGCUUUACUGGGGACAACAGGGUGUCACACGUGAUGUGAAAGCUGCUUUGGAAUGGUAUUCUAAAAGUGCAGAAGAGACAAGAGACCCAUUGUCAUUGUAUGAGUAUGGACUUUUUCUUUUCAAGGGCAAAGGAGUGAAAAAAGAUGUAAAAUUGGGCUUAAAACUAAUCAAUGAAGCUGCUUCUAAGGGAUCACAUGAAGCAAUGAAUGGUUUGGGAUGGUAUUAUGAAACCUUUAAGAAGGACUAUGUGAAAGCUGUGGAGUACUGGGAGCAAGCAAUGAAAAUGGGAAAUCUGGAUGCACUACAUAAUCUUGGAGUGAUGUAUGAAAGUGGACUAUACCCAGGCAAACCUGUAAAAAAUGAGACAGAAGCAUUUCAGUAUUACUAUAAAGCUGGAUCUGGUGGACACUUUGAAAGUGUAGCUCGCUGCUCCUUUUAUUGGAGUACAGGAAACUUUGAAUCUAUUCCACAUAACCCCAGAAUGGCAGUCCUUUGGACCAGAUUUGUUGCUGAAAACAAUGGAUUUUUGGGUUAUUUCAUGAGAAAAGCUAUGGAUGCCUAUCUUCAGAAAUCCUGGAAUGAAGCCUUGCUAUAUUUCCUUGUGACAGCAGAAACAGGAAUUGAAACGUCACAGACAAAUGUUGCUUAUUUCUGUGAACAACACCCUGAUCUCACAAAUAGCAGUGAUGAAUAUAUAUGGAGAUAUUAUAAUUUAUCUGCAUUUCAACUGACCACACAUCCUUUUGUUUUAAUAAAAAUGGGAGAUUACUACUAUUAUGGUCACAACAACCAUAAAAAAGACAUCACGCAAGCAAUUGAGAUGUACACCUCUGCUGCUUUAUUGAAAUGUUCACAAGCAUUUUAUAAUUUGGGUUCACUGGUAGAGGAGGGAAUUCAUAUACCAGAAAAAAGUUUAGACCUUCUAAACAUUCGAGCAGCAAAUCAUUCCAACAACUCCUCAAUCCUGCUGGAAUUAUAUGGAAGGUGUAUAACCGUAGAUAUGGAAGAGGGUUUUGUCCCAUGUUCUAUCGCUUUGCUUUGUAUUCACCUGAAAACUAUAUGGAGGAAUAGCUGCUCUGCUGCUCUUUUAUAUACUGCAGGCUCAGUACUCCUAUCAACUUUGAUUGUUUUUGCUGUUAAGCAUUACCGGGACACAACAGAAAUUGUUUCCACCUCAGGUACAAAUGAACAUAUUCCAGCUAUGAAUUCUUUGAGUCAAAAUAUUCAGUCAGAUGAGACUGUAUCAGAAGAAACAUCGUUACCUUUAACUGCACCAGAGUAUCGCGAUCAGAAUGAGGCUGAUUGACAGAGUAACAGCAACGAAGGCAGAUUAAUUUGUUCAUGUUGAAAAAAAAUUCCUAUGUAAUUACUUACAUCAUUCCUUAUUAGGAAUAUUUCUAUUUAUUUCUACAUGAUAUCUGUAGUGAGGAAACAGGCCAUUUAGCCCAGUUGGUCGAUAUCAAUAUUUAUGCUUCACACAAUCUACAGUCCAUCCUCUUUUAUCUGCCUGGAAGCAUAGCUUUCUACUCAUUUUUCCCCUCAUAUAAUUAUGCAGCAACCUCCAAAUAUAUCUUUGCUAUUUGCCUCAAUUGCUCCAUUUGGUAGCAUGUUUUAGUUUCUAUUCACUCUCUUGGUAAAGAGGUUUUUUAGAAUUAUUUGUUGGAUUUAUUGAUGAUUAUCUCAUAUUUAUGACUCUAAGUUUUAGAUCCCUGCACAGUUGGAAACACAGUCUCUGCAUCAUCCCCAUUAAAUCCCUUCCUUAAUUCCAAACUCUACCAGGUUACCCCAAGUCUUAAGAGCCCCAAUGUACCUCACCUUUCCCAACAAUUAUAACCUCUCAGUUCUGGGAUAUUCUUUAUAAAUUUUCCUUACAUCUUUUUUAUAAUGUCUACCAGAACAAUGCCCAGUUUUCUAAGUGUUAUCUAAUUAAUGUUCUGUAUAGAUUUAACAGAACUUAUCUGCUCUACAAGCCUACAUUUGUGUCUUGUUUGCAUUGUUAUGGAUGUGUUUCCCUGCAUUGCUACUUAAAACAAUUUGUGACUCUGAA